AUGAUAAUUUAUUUUAGGAUAAUUUAUACUUAUGAUAGAUUUAAGUUUACAUUUAAGUCUAUUUAUCUGUUUCAAUCUGUUCAUAUCUAUCAUCUAUCUAUCUAUCUAUCUAUCUAUCUAUCUAUCUAUCUAAAUCUGUUCAUAUCUAUCUAUUUAUUUAUCUGUUUCAGUAUGUUUAUCUAUGUGUGUCAAUCUGUUCAUAUCUAUCUGUUUCAGUCUUCAUAUCUAUCUAUCUAUCUAUCUAUCUAUCUAUAUCAGUCUGUUCAUAUCUAUCUAUCUAUCUAUCUAUCUAUCUAUCUAUCUAUCUCAGCCUGUCCAUAUCUAUCUAAAUCUAGUCUUUCUUCUCUUUUCCUAUCAACAUAUUCCUUUUUUUUUCUGUUCACACUUCUUCUUCCUCCUGCAUCUUUCUAUCGUAUCCUUUAUUUUUGUUUCCAAUACACACUCCUUUGUUCCUUGCUUCCUCCUGUUUUUAGCAACACACCGCUCUUGUUCGAUUUAUCCUUCUUUCUUUCUUCACCCUUUACCUCUGACAAUUACAUCUGUCACGUUUUUUCAAUAACCUGUCCUCUUAUUGUUCCUUCUUUUUCCUCCUUUUCUUCAUUUAUCCUUUAUUGCAUCACUUCUAUCUCAAUGUCCGUUACUCUCUAUUAUUUCUGUCUCCCUUUGCUCAAACUUAUUUUUACCCGUCAUGUCAUUCAUUCAGACCUACAAAUAAUCUACAUAUUUCUUAAUUUGUACAUCUAUCUAUCUAUCUAUCUAUCUAUCUAUCUAUCUAUCUAUCUAUCUAUCUAUCUAUCAUAA